AAAUGCACUCUGAUGUUAGCAGGACCUUGAGUCUCACAUUAUUUGGUUGAGUACGUUCUGGAAAAAUAUUUUCCUACUCACCUAUCUCAGAAAACCAACAAGUGGGACGAUUCAAAUGAGGAAUUAACCAGGAUAUGUUUUAGACUGUCUCACCCUCUAUCCCCCAGGCUGUCCUGACCCAGUCAUCAUACAAAGGUGCUGCUCUAAAGCUGAAGCAGUGUCCAGAGUAAGAAAGAAAAAGCACCCCCGCCCUGACCUGCAACCGGAGAUUAAGCGCAAGGUUAUAUGACAUGACUGACUCAUUGUGAAAAUGUGGGAAAGGAAAUAUUAUUUCAUUAUAUGGUGUCCCAGUGACUACCCAGAUUGUAAAACCUGUGUAUUCAACUGAAUAAGGAUUAUGGUACCUUAAAAUUUCCCUUCCUUAUGACAUGUUUUCUACUAUCUUACUUAAUCGCUCUAAAGAAUGUGCUCUCAUAACUCUGUGUUUAAAUGUAGUUAACAGAUAACACGAUAAAAAUGGAAAACAAAACAAAACAAAUAAGAACAAAAAAGAAAGAAAAAAGAAAAUAGAUUAAAAAAAUAAUGUGAGUACAUGAAAGGAAAGGCCUAACUCAUUACCUUACCCAUGCCAUCCCCCAAAGAGCUUGACGUAAUGAUUUGAACAAAAUAGGCCCUUGAUACCUGUUUAUUACAUUUAAUGCAAAUAUUCAAAAUAAAGUUAAAAUCAGACUGGCUAUUUCUGGAAAAGUUCCAAAUUUAAGCAUUUGGUUUUCUUUACACAUAAGAAAAAAUUAAUCUGUUGGUAGAAUCUUGGUGACUCCAAGAAAUCCAGUGAAUCUCUCCAGAUGCCCAAGAUUACCUAAAAAGAUAGUCUUUAGAGCCAUGACAUAGGUAGUCAUUGUCCCUGACACUCUCUUGCUGGAAAUGUUCCUGAUGAAAUGCAAUCUCAUCCACCCUGUGUGACUAAAGCUAUUAAAAGCAAUGAAGAAUAUGGACAGGGUAAGCCAUGAUUAAUUGCUUACUACAAUGAAACUAAUCCAAAAUGUACAUGAAUCCUAAAUUUAAUGCUCAUUAUAAAAAAGGGAUCUCUGCUAUUUUAACACACCUACAAAGCCACCGAUUCAAAUAUAUUACCUUCCUAAAAAUUUCCAUUCAUGAGCUCUCAACUCAUGAACAGCAAUAAUUCUAGAGAAAUUAAACAGUCUAAAUUAAUCAGGCAUAAACCUUCCCAGGUUGUCAUAUUUAUCUAGCAUGAACAGUUCUAAUGAGAUCUAAUCACACCGCUAUAUUUUUAUUUAGAGUUGCAUAUAGAAUGAUAGGUUAAAAUAUUUUCUUGCUUCAUUUGAGCAUACAAAACAAAACAAGGCAAGAAACACAUUCCUACGUAUAAAUCAAAACAUCAGAGACCAUUGAACCCAGAAGUGCCAGGACAAAGCUGAGAAUCCGUACAGGGCCAAGGCUGUAGAAAUAGUUUCUGAUAAAACUGAGGGGGUGAUUCGAAGAUAGAAAUGGGAGAAUUUGCAGCAAAUUUGGUGAUCUGGAUUGGCCAAGGAAGACAGAAGACACCUACAACCUAAUUGAAUUAUUCGGGAUAAGACAGGCUAUAUGGUAGUUUGCAACAAAAUAACCCCUGAACUCUUCUCUGUCUUCUCUGCACUGAAAAUGUACACCUGUGCAAAGUUUGUCUCCACCCCCUUCUUCGUCAGGAGCACCGUGCUGAAAUCACCAGAGACACUGACCGAUGAGAGCCUCAUCAGCCUGGCAGACCCAAAUCUCCUGACCUCGCUUAUUCCCAGCCAUAGCUUCUCAACCAGCACCAUUUUAAACGACAUGGACACAGCAGCCAAGUUCACUGGGGCUGGGGCUUCCAAGGUAGGGGUGGCUGGCUCUGGGGCUAGAAUUGGGACUAUUUUUGGGAGCCUCAUCAUUGGUUAUGCCAGGAUCCCCUCUCUGAAGCUAAAGCUCUUCUCCUAUGCCAUUCUGGGUUUUGCCCUCUUGGAGACAAUGGGGCUCUUUUGCCUGAUGGUGGCCUUUCUCAUCCUUUUUGUCAUUGACAGAGUCAUCUCCACCUCUCUGGGUCUUUCUCCAAUGUCUCAUCUGCCCCGUAUGUUCCCAGGCAGCCUGGGGGAAAGUGGUUGGCUCAGGGUUUGAAGAAGGAAGACAGAUAAACACUGUAUUAAUAAGGGGGGAAAAUGACCCCAGAAAACUUACGAGCUUAAUAUAUAAUAGUCGUUUUCUUGGUCAUCCAAGUAAUAUAUAAUUUGAUAGCUCACUAGAGCAGUGUUCAUCCACUGAUCCCUCAGAUAUCCAGGCUUUUUCUGUUUUAUAGCUCCGCCAUUGAAAAUCCCUGGUUUCCAGGGUGGCUGUGUCAGGACAAAAAGAGAGCUGGGGAAUAUCUGGACCUUUCACUGUGGAGGGAAGCUCCAAAGUGGCAUGUGUACUGAGGCACAGACCAUAGACUUUGUCAAAUAUUGCAUAUGCUUUCCUCCAUAUCCCAGUCUCCAUUUAGACUCCCAUGGGCCAGUGGGUUAUGAGCAGAAAUGGUGUGUCACCUCUGGGAUGAAGCAUCGGGGGUGAAAGUCAGUAUGGGGUUCUUCAAGCUUUUUCUCCCUCUGCUGUAUGACUGCAGUUCCAAAUGGUAGAACUACAAAAAAAAAUUUAAAGAACCUUAUCCUCAAGUAAUUGGAAGGUAACUGCCCUAGGCAACUAUCAGACCCAUAGAUGGCUUUGUGUGGGCAAGAGAGGAAGUAAAGUUGUACGUGCUAAGUCUUGAGAUUGGGAGUUUGUUUCCACUAACAUAACCCAGCUUAUCUUUACUGAUGCCCCAGGGAAGAUAAGCUCUUCAGAACCAAGUCUUCCAAUGGAGGGGGUUCUGUGGAACUAUUUUCUAGAAUCCUAUUGUUGUUGACACAGGAGUGCUAUAACUCAAAGUCACAACAUCACAUGAACAGGGAUAAUGUUAUGGGACUAGAAAUAUGUCUAUCCAGUUUAGAAGCAGCCAUUCAUUUUAAAUGCAGUGAAAGAGGUAGUUCUCCCAAGAACAGUUUUUAUCUUACCCCUAAUCAUUUUUUCCCCACUGUUGCUUCAGGAUCCAUAAGAAUCUGGGUAACAUGGUUUUUAACUGAUGGCCGGUAGAUGUUUUCAAAGAAGAUCCGAGCGGCUGUUUUCUCACAGAAAAGAAUAAAAAACACUGAGUGAAGAGACAUUCAGGUCUUUUUAUUAAAAUAAGUCAUCCUAUUGCCUUUUCUGACACAUCAAAAAUAUGUUCAAGUGUAUUUUGUAAUUGAACAGGAUAUAGAUUAUAGAACUGUGGACUCCUAAUCUCCUUAUAUAAAAAAAGUUGUUAGUAUUUUUUUAAUAUAGUAACUUUAGAUGUGUUUUCAAAUAUUUAGAAGUAGAAAGGGCCUAACCCUCUCUAAGGUUAGAAACAAUUCAUGUUAGAUAUUCCCAGGACAACUAAGGCUAUAAAACUAUUUCUAAUAACCACAGAUUUUAGUUUAAACAUAAAUUGCACAUAGUUUGAAAUUGCUUAAUGGGAGACAGACAUCCUUGCCUACAGGAGAGUCAAACCUCAUAAUCUGGAAAUGUGCAGUCAGAGAAAUCACUUAUAAUUUUGCUUUGAGUUUUGGAUGCUUUGGCUUUAGUCAAGAUGUAUGAAGUCUGGCUUAUGACUAAGAAAGCCACUUUUUCCUAUUCAUUUAAUGGACGGUUAGCUACAGUUAAACCUAGAUUAACAGUAUUAACAGAGAGAAUUGCUAAAUUGCCAAAUACUUUCCUUUUUAAGCCAAAAAAGAGUGCUACUUUAAAUUUAUAGGACUAUUACAAACCUAAGAAUUUUCAACACCCAAGGCAACGUAAGAGAGAAGACUUAAAGACAUCUUUUAUAGAAGAAUGUGGACAAUAGUUGUGUUACACAGUGAUAAUAAAAUACCUCUCUCCUUGUUUAUAUUUCUUUAAUAAUUACUUUUAAACAUAUUAGUCUUUUGAAAAACUUACCCUUUGCGAUGCUACAGGGAAAAAAAAAAUGACAGGUGAAUAUUCAGCAUCUCUUACAUUUCUCACAUGCCAGGGGUACUUUUUCUUUGUCUCCAUAAUGUGGGGCUUGGUUGUGCAGCCUGGAAUUAUGAAUGAGAAAUGAAGCGGUAAGAAUAGUAAGCUGAAACCUACCUCAACUACUUUUCACUGCUCAGGGCCAGGAGUUAUUUGUUGAAAAGGAAGGAUAAAAGGGUGGGCACAAGAGAGGCAAGAGUUUGUGCUGGGCUGAAAGAAGAGAUUGAAGGUUUUAGAAGCUGAGGGAGAAGAUUGGGACUAAUUUGCUGUGCCGUGAUGUGUAGUUCUCGGUAGCAAUUGAAUGGGAGGCAAGGAAGAUUUUGUUUUUAAGUUUAUUUAUUUGGAGAGAGUGGAUGUGCCAGUGAGAUAGGGGCAGAGAAGUGAGAGGGACAGAGAGAGAGAGAGAGAGAGAGAGAGAGAGAGAGUCCUAAGCAGGCUCCACGCUGUUAGCCUGGAGCCUGAUACGGGGCACAAAUCCACAAACCAUGAAAUCAUGAACCUGAGCUGAAAUCAAGAGUCAGAUGCUUAACCAACUGAGCCACCCAGGUGCCCCAGUAGGCAAACAGGGUUUGAAAUGUUUGGUUAUGUGUUGUGAAUGGAAGUCUUCUUUUGGAGAGAAUUCAGUAAAGAUUAAAGAAUCUCUCUUUCUGUCCAUAAGAAAUGACUUUUCUAAAAGUAACAAAAGGCUGAAAUGGGUCAAAGAGUGAGCAACUUUACCGGCUUUUCUGACUUUUAACAAGAUUUUAGUUUUCUAUAAAAAUAUAGUUGACCAGACAUCAUUGCACUAUACCAAGCUGAUAAGACAACACCAAAUGGUGAUGGAUCCACACGGUUAAUCAUUAAUGAAAAUUGUCAAAAUAACAGGCUGGGAUCAGGAGAUGAGUUUCAGUGAGGAACACUUCCACGUACAAGGAAGAUAAAAUUUGCCUAACAAGAGCUUAGCAAUAGAGAGGUCAUUUUCUCACUUGACAAGAGAUCUGAAAAUGGGCCUCUGUUGGCAUUUGUUACUUCCCUUCCCUUUCUUUCAUGAUUGAAGAGUGUCUCUGACACCUUACAGUAGCAGGUCCUUCAGAUGGGAGUAACAUUAUCUUGGUCCUUACAGCUUAUGACAAAGAAAGAGGGUGCAGAGAAUGUAGAGUGGCCUCGAGAAGACAGUAGAAAGGCUUCUGUGUCGUUCAACAUCAUCUAUUUCAAGUUUGAUUUCUAGGGAUAUACCAGAGAGAGCACUAUUUUUAGCUGUUUAUGAUUUACCUGUCAAUAGUCUCACUAUUCAGAUAUUGCCAAUUAGCCUCGUUAAUGCCAGGUCAAAAUCAGAGUCAGGGAACAGAGGGUAUAUCUGGGCCCCGAGGCAUGACUUAUCCCUUUAAUCCACUCUCCUCCCCAGAUAAAAAUCUUUUCACAAAACAGUACUGAUUUAAGCAAUUUAGCUUAUAUUUGCACUACUAAAAAAAUCAGGCUCUUUGAUUCUCAGAAUGAAUGCCUCUUGGAGAAUAACAGAGGGGAAGGUUGUAUCUCAAGAAUAUUAGUGGUAGCAUGAAGUAGCUAGUGUAUUUUAUAAUUCGGAGAUCUUUAACAACAGGGGAAAAAAAGCUGAAAGUUCUACAGGCACAGAUUGAGUUUAGCUUGGGUCAUGCCUCACACUUUUUGUAUUUCCACCUGAAUGAUGGAGAUCCGAAAGCCUGAGGUGUUUCCAACAAACAGAGUGAAGUCAACAUAACCCAUGCCACUCACUAACUAAAUGUGCUUUCAGGCAUGUUUGAAAUAACGCAAAAGGUUAAAGGCAACAGCAUUUUUUUCUAUGCACUGUUCUGGUAGAAUUGCUUUCAUCUGUCCCUGCUCAAUGGCUAUGAGCAUCUUUCAUCUGAGACAUUGAAGUCUUGAGCCAUAGUAAGGAAGUGUUCAUUGCAGGAGUAUGUAUUUUUGUCUUCAUUACUGUGUGGGAUUUGUUACCACAUCUCUCAUUUAGGGUUGGUUUGAAGUUAGACCUUGAUCACUUCCAGAUACCUUCCCAUGAAUGUUUUCCACCUGAGUGCACUUGUCUCUUUUGAAGUGCAAGAACUGGGAGUACCCUGGGUGAAUGGAUUUGGCAUCAACAGAAAGCUGAGUUUUUUCAGGUGGCUCAUUGGAUAGAAAGAAAAGACUACAACUGUGGAAAAGGUAUUUUUAUUACACAACAUGCAAAUAUUUGUAUUAACUUGUAGAACAAGUUUGAUAAAACACACCCCAAAGCAAGAUAAAUAACAUACAAAUAGCCUAUUCUUUCUACUAAUUCUGGCACAAUGAAGAAUGUUUUCAAUUUCCUUAUCAUUACAGGGAGUAUUCGAAUAACAGCUUUUGUUGUUGUAUUGAUAAAAUCUAAAGAUGGCAAUAAUUGAUAUAAUCUAAGGGUGAUAAGAAUAGGAAUAAAUCACAUACAAAGAGGUGUUAUACUGACAUUAGUCAACAAAACAUAAUCUGUUUUCAAAAAAAUGAACAUAAUCUAUUUAUUAUUGAUAAUGAUAAUAAUAGCUACUUUUUAAUGAAUGGCUUAAUAAAUGUUUGGUGACAUAUAGAUUUUAUUUAAAAAAAUUUUUAACUACUUUAUUGAGGUAUGAUUGACAUACAAAAAAUGGUAUAUAGUUAAUGCCCACAACGUUUGGGUAUAAGUAUAUACUUGUGCAAGUAUCACCACAAUCUAUGCCAUAAACAUGCCCAUAACCACCAAAACGUUCCAUAUAUAUAUAUAUAUAUAUAUAUAUAUAUAUAUGUUUAAUUUUCCAUUAGCCCAUUUAAUCCUCAUACUGACCCUCAGCAGUCAGUAGGUAUUGCUUUCACCAAUUUACAAACGUGGAAAAUGUACCCUGUAAGGAAUAAUUAUUUGCCUGAAGUCAAACUGAUUGAAUGUUGUAGAGCUAGGAAUGGGGCACAGGUUUUUAAUACUUCAAAGACUCUUUAUUUAACUAUUAUUAUUAUUAUUUGCUUCUCAAACUUUAUAUUCAAAGAAAAAAAGUAAAAAAGUGUAAAUAUGUAUGUUUGUAUACAUAUACCUUAUUUACAAUAGAAAUAUUUUGAAUUAAAAUUUGUGAAGCAUGUAUCAAUAAAUAAAAAUGUUUAUAGUAGGAUGAUAAGUGAAAAAAGCUCAUUGUACAACACAUAGUUGAUUCGUAGCAAUAAGUAGUAAUUCUACUUCUCUGGACAGAGAUUUGGAGACACAUCAGUAAAAGAAAAAAUAUUUAUAAGGGUGAAGUGUUUAUAAGAUUUAAGCAUUUUAAGCUAUCUUAACAGUGCUUUCACUGUCUUAUAUGUGGACAGUGGAACAAAAAUAAAUGCUAAUUAUCUUAUUUUUAGAAAUAUAGUAAUAGGAAUUUUCAUUCAUACAUUCAAAUUAAAGCAAAAGUUUCAAAAUAAAAAAAAAAAGCCCCUGUCCCUUUACUCUCUCCUUCAUGUCAUGUUUCUUGUGAAUCAUCUUCUAGAUUCCUAAUGGUGAAAGGCUCACAGAUAUAAUUAUCAACUGCAAGUUUAGACUAGUGUUUUGGAAAAGGGCACUCCACAAUGGGUGGAUUACCUAAACAACCUGAAGUGAGCUGAAGAAGGGCAUCCACAUCCUGGGACUUACAGUGACAUUAAGGUGGGAUAGAGGAGUAUGGACAACUUCUGAGAAAUAGGAGAGUCUUUGAAGGAACCAGACAAAUAGCAAAAAAACGAGGGCCAAGACCUUGGAGAGAAGAGAGAACAGAUAUAUUCAGUUCCUCUUUGCAAAUUCACAAGCAGCAAUGGAGAGGUCAAGAUACCAAGGAGAUAUUUUAUCUGUUUGUCUUAUGGGGCUGAAGGAGAGGAGUGAUGAGAUACAGUUUGGGGACUCUUAGGAAAGAGAACUCUGGUAAACUUCCUUGCCUGUUAGCUUGAAUUCUUAUUUCCAAGAGCAAUUUCUGAGGAAUAGAGGUGAACUGGAAAGAGAUCAUGGAGGCCAAAGUGAAGCUUUAUAUCAUGUCAAUCUUUGGUUGGAACGAGGUAGUCAUCUCUAACCCUAAUAGCCUGCCAAUGGCCAAAUAAAUCCACCAUGGAGGCAAUAUCAUCAAGAGACUUAAAUUGUCACCUAAAUGUAUCAUACUAAAUUUCCAGCCUUUAAUAACCAGAUAUGCUAGGGUACAAGACCAAGUAACUAAAAACCAAAAGAAAAAAGCUAGACAAUAGAGAGACACAGAAGUUUUGGAUGUUGAAAUUUAAAAUAGGUGAGAAUAAUAGUCUAAGAAAUUAGAUGGCAGAGAUUUUCAAUAGAAUACUAGAAACCAGAAAAAAAGUCAAGUGAAUAUCUUAGAACAAAAAAAAAAUAGCUAAGAUUAAGAAAUCAAUAGUACUUUAAUAACAGAUUUUUACAAAUGAAGAAAAGAGACAGGAACUGGGAGACAGGCCAAACAAAAAUAUCCCAAGGGGGUAAAAUGGAUGGGAAAAAAAGUGUGAAAACAUACAUAAGUGACAUGGUGAAGAGGUCUAACAUAUGUGAAAUAAGAGUUCCAGAGAAGAGAGAGGGGGUGCUGCAAUAUUUGAGAAUAUAGUGAGCAACAAUUUAUCAAAACUCUUGCAUGGCUUGGAAAAAGAGGAUAUAUGUCCCAACUUAUUUUAUGAGGUUAUUCUAAUUUUGAUAUUAAAACCCAAGAAGAAAGACUACAGGAAAUGAAUAUAAGCCCAUCUCUUUUCUGAAUAUGUAUGCAAAAAUCACAAACAAAAUGCAGGCAAAUUGAAUGCAGAGAUAAAAAAAAAGGAUGAUAUCUACCAUAACAAAUUUGGGGUUAUUCCUGGAA